UGUCUAGAGCGAGGGUUAUGGUUAAGUUAUCUCCGACCUUAAAGUGAUAACAUUGACAUAGGUAGCUUAUAAUUAAUACCUAGCCAGCAUCAAUCGCGAUGUCCGGGGAGUCAAUCAUCGCCAAAGAUGGCCUCAACAUAGCUACCCCGACCUCCGUCACAGUCGUAAACGAAGACAGCAUCCCGUCAAAGUCAGAUAAAAUCCCAUUCUUCAGGAGCACUCUAUUCCAAAUCCUCGUGGUGGGCAUAUGCGCCUUCUCCGCACCCGGAAUAUGGAGUGCUAUGAACGGUCUCGGCGUAGGCGGAUCGCAGAGCCCGGAUCUCGUCAACGCCGCCAAUGCGCUGCUCUACGCGUUCAUGACGGUGACCUGUUUUAGCGGGCCGUGGUUGACAAAUGCGGUUGGGUUCCGCUGGACGCUGUCUAUAGGGACUCUUGGAUAUCCCCUGUAUGCGGCUGGGCUCUACGUCAAUAAUCGAUGGGGUAAUACGUGGCUCGUCUACGUCGGCGCCGUUACGUGCGGCAUCAGCGCCGGCUUCUUCUGGAGCGUGGAGGGGGCUAUAUCGACGGGAUAUCCUGAGCAUCACAAGCGAGGCCGCUAUAUCGCGACGUGGUUUACCUUCCGCAACUUUGGGAAUAUCAUCGGGGGCGCCAUUUCGCUGGGCCUGAAUGUUAACGUGAAUCAUCGCGGUCAAGUGGGAUACCAAACGUAUCUGGCUUUUAUCGCCAUCCAAUGUCUCGGAUGUCUGCUCGCUCUCCUCCUUUCUAACCCCGACAAGGUGCAGCGAGAUGAUGGGACUCGCAUCGAAGCGCCUAGGGGAAUCCAUUGGCGCACCGAGCUCCGCGAGAUGUGGAGGUUGAUGAGGAGCAGGUCAAUCUUACUCUUGACGCCCCUUUUCUGGUACUAUGGUUGGACCCAAGCGUAUCCGGGGACAUACCUGGCAACGUACUUCACAGUCCGAUCGAGAGCGCUGGGUAGCUUUAUGUCCGCUAUCGUCGGCACUCUCGCUACUUGGCUAGUUGGCACGCUGGUGGACAUUCGCUGGACGAAGAAGAGGCAGACUCGAGCUAUUAGCACAUACAUCUUAAUCGCACUUCUUAAUAGUGCGACAUGGAUCUGGGCAGUAUAUAUCCAGAACGAAUAUCGACACACGCUGCCCGUCCUGGACUGGGGCAAUCAAGCCGAGUUUGGCCGUGGCUUCGGCGUUUACAUGUUUGAGCGUCUCGGCGCCGGAAUGGUCGAGAAUUAUAUCUAUUGGUGUAUUAGCAACCUAUCGGAUUCUCCGGGCGACCAGAUCAGAUAUAGCUCCUUGCUUCGGGGGAUCGAGACGGCCGGUGUUGCCGUAGGGUUCGGUAUCCAGGCCGUUCCUACAGCGCUGAUUGCUACAGCUAGCAUCAACCUUGGGCUCUGGUUCAUUGCGUUGCCGUUUAGUUAUUACGCUACUUUGAGGGUAGUUAAGAAGUUCAAUGAGUUGGAUAAGAAGCGCGAUGAGAAUAUUGACAUUGAGACAACACCUGCGUAAUAUUUUUAAGGGUAUAUACAAUGAUGGCUUAGUUGCCCAGUUCAAUUAUUAUUUCAUGUCUUGAAGUUAUUUAACCUAGAUAUUUACUAGAGCCUGGAGGUACUAUAGCGCACUAUUUACGUCGGUGUACUUGCCGGCACUACAGCCCUUUACGGCACAUAGGAGGUACUUUAAAUCGUCAGCCAUCACGUCGCGGUUACCUUCAUAAAGCCGCUCCUUAUUUGAAGGCCACUACUUCCUUACGAAACAGCUCCUUUUCUAUGCUAUAACCGAUUAGAACUUUCCCUCUUAUUUCAACCUUGUGCCAGGUUUAAGCCAUACAUCCUUCUACAACAACUCCCUUUUAGCGU